AAUCAUACUGUCAGCUGUUUUUUGAAAGAAUUGAAUAACAAAAAAUUUCAAAACAGAUAGAUGAUAGAACAGAAAUAAAUGGCGCUGCGAAGUAUCAACAAUCUGGAAAUGUUCUUGAGGCGAUGCACGGCACCCACGUUACACCGCUGCUGUGUGGCCAGCAGCAGAACAGCGCACACAGCUAGCAGCUGCAGCAGCAGCAAAGGCAGCGGCGACGACAAUAACAAAGACGAGAAAAAAUCCGGACAGAGGAAGUUCGGUUGGCGCAGUGUUCUGCGGUUCUGUGUGCCCUUCUCGCUGGGUGCCUUGGCCAGUGCUAUGCUGAUACAGUCGGACGACCUCACGCCAACGAUCUCAGCCCGUUCGCUGAGCGGACGACGAAAGGAAUUCAACUUCAUUGCUGACGUGGUGGCCGGCUGUGGGGACUCCGUGGUGUACAUCGAGAUUAAGGACACGCGCCACUUUGACUACUUCAGUGGCCAGCCCAUAACGGCGUCCAACGGAUCGGGGUUCGUGAUCGAGCAGAACGGCCUCAUUCUGACCAAUGCCCAUGUGGUGAUCAACAAGCCGCACACGAUGGUGCAGGUGCGGCUGUCGGACGGACGCACCUUUCCCGCCACCAUCGAGGACGUGGACCAGACCUCCGACCUGGCCACGCUGCGCAUUCAGGUCAGCGGCCUGUCCGUGAUGAGGCUCGGCAAGAGCAGCACCCUGCGGUCCGGCGAGUGGGUUGUGGCCUUGGGCAGCCCCCUGGCGCUGAGCAACACGGUUACCGCCGGCGUCAUCAGUGCCACGCAGCGCGCCUCCCAGGAGCUGGGGCUGCGCAAUCGCGACAUCAACUACCUGCAGACGGACGCGGCCAUUACGUUUGGCAACUCGGGAGGGCCGCUGGUGAAUCUGGAUGGCGAGGCCAUUGGCGUCAACUCCAUGAAGGUGACCGCUGGCAUCAGCUUUGCCAUACCCAUCGACUAUGUGAAGGUGUUCCUCGAGCGGGCCGCGGAGCGUCGCAAGAAGGGCUCCGCCUACAAAACGGGCUAUCCUGUCAAGCGGUACAUGGGCAUCACCAUGCUGACCCUCACUCCGGACAUACUGUUCGAGCUGAAGUCCCGCAGCCAGAACAUGCCCAGCAAUCUCAUGCACGGCGUGCUGGUCUGGAAGGUCAUUGUCGGCUCACCGGCUCACAGUGGCGGUCUGCAGCCAGGCGACAUUGUCACUCACAUUAACAAGAAGGAGAUCAAGAACUCAUCGGACGUUUACGAUGCCCUGGCCGAAGGACGAAAAGAUCUGGAAAUUGUCAUACUGAGAGGUGUGAAGCAAAUGCACGUGAAAAUCACACCAGAAGAUCCCUAGAAGAGGAUUAUGCUGUGCUUCCAAGCCUUCCUAGCCUCCACUUACCAACCCACUGCUAUUAUUAGUUUUAGUUUAAAUUUGACUUGAUUGUGCUUAAGUGAUUUGCCAUAUAUACAUAUAUGUACGAACCAAACUGA